ACCAAACUGCUCUAUCAGUCGUUAACAGCCAUGUGUUGCACUGAUAGUGACGACAGCGGACGUGCGUGCGUGUGCAUCUGAGAGUGUUUACUCUCCAGGAGAGUGCUCGCCCUCAUUCAAUGCAAUGUAACAAUGUAUUUAAGCAAAAAGCAAUUUGUUGGCCUCAACUUACCAGAACAAGCCUUCUGUUCUCGAGCCUUUAACCUCCUGCAGACAGGAGAUGACAGAGCCUUCAUGUUCACAUCCACAUGCAUGUCCCAUAGCAGAACCAUAGUCUUUGCUUGAUUAUCUGUGCUCUGGAGAGAGGAGAGUAAGACGCAGCCUGCAGAGUUGUUUUUUAUCAGAGUGUCAGAUGAGGAGAAAAGUGAGUGAUGAAGAGAGAUAGAGAGCUGAGGUGACAGCUGUUUGACGUAGGGGACAGCAGGAGGAGGGAGCACAUGUGAAACAUCAAAUGUAAAAGACAAAGGAUGCAACACAGAGCAACACAUCCAUCUACUAAGAAUGAGUGAAACUCCAAUAGAGCUUGAGCCUCAGCUAUCAGUCCAGCCGUCGUCACAGCCAGAACCUGAGAGGGGGCUCCAGCCUCCGCCUCUGCUUCAGCUGUCAGAGUCUAACCCCCAGCAGCAGCACCAAGCAGAGCCAGUGUGGAUAAACCAUCGAAGGCUGCUCCUCCUUUUUUUGGGGUUCUACUCAUGUGCUGCCAUUCUGGGGCUUGUUUGCUAUAUGCAUCAGAAUCGUCAAACUAGGAGCGAUAAUAACCAGACAGGCAAAGUGACUCCAUGUGUGUCCCCGGCCUGUCUGUGGGCCUCGGCCCGUCUGUCCACGUCUGCUGAUCCCUUCACGCAGCCCUGCGAUUACUUCUUGUUCACAUGUGGAUCUGACAGACUUUCACCAGACGGUGGAGGGAGGCAAAGAGGUCAGGGCAUCCCUGGACAUCCACAGAACCAGAGGGCGAGGGCUGCGUGGCCGGAGAGGAGAGGACAGAGUAAAGAGAGAGAGGACAAAGGACUGAAAAAGGAGAAAAUACAGGACAGAAAAACUCUGCUGCUGCAGCAUCUCAGGGAGAUUUUGGAAUCAAACGACAGGCCGGGUAGUACAGCAGUGCAGAAGGCCAAAGGGUUUUACCAUUCCUGUUUGGACACCAAAUCCAUAGAGACGUCCGGAGCAGAGCCCUUCCUCGCACUCAUCCAGAAGCUGGGAGGCUGGGCAGUAUCAGGUCAGUGGAAUCGGACUGACUUUAACUCCACCCUGAGCCUCCUCAUGAAAGACUACGCCACCUUUCCCUUCUUCAACCUCUAUGUGGGCAAAGACCCAAAUGAAAUUGCCAAUGGGACAACCAAAAGAUAUAUACAGAUUGAUCAGCCCGAUCUGUUGAUCCCAAUUGAAUGGAACAGCAAGACACUGAAGUCUCAAGCUAAAACUCAGACGCUGCGUCCCUUCUUGGCAUCGUGUCAGAGGUACCUGGCACUGUUGGGGGCGCCGCCCAGCAGCAGCAUGAUGCACGUGGGCGCGUUUAUCUCUCUGUCCUCUGAGCUCGCCGUGGCUGCUACACCUUUGCACCAUCGCCUGUCGAAAGGACAGCUCUAUCAGCGCAUGACCAUCAGGGAGCUACAGAUCCAGGCCCCUGCCAUUGACUGGCUGGGCUGUCUGCAGGCCGCUUUCCAUCCACUGCCCCUCAUCGAAGAUGAUCACGUCCUUCUGCAUAACUCGCCCUACAUUGUGCAAAUGUCCCGCGUCAUUGGCAAAUGGCUGAACAAGCACGAGCUGAGCAGCAGCGGUCCUGUUCAUACGUACAUGGUCCUCAACCUGCUGCACACCCUGAUGCCGGCUCUGGACUCCAGGUUCACUGAAACAGAGAAGAAUUUGUCUCUGGCUCUGGGUGACACUGAAGAGGCAGGCCCUCGCUGGAAACACUGUGUGUUACAGACUGAGAGAGGAUUUCACUUAGUUCUCACACACCUUCUCAGUGAAAGGACGGCACACAGAGAGGCAGAGGAGAUUAUUCAAAAUAUCUUUUCCUCCUUCAAGUCCAAAUUACAUGAACUCAAGUGGACAGAUCAGAUGUCUUUCCAGUUUGUCAUGAAAAAAGUUCAGUCUUUAAUUCCAAGGCUUUGGACAACAAAAGAGAUCUCUAGUGAGGCUGAGCUUGAUCUGCUUUUUUCCAAGGUGACAGUCGGGACACAUAGCUUCUUCUCCAACUACGUCCAGCUUCUGUCCUUGUGGCAAAAGAGACGCCGUCAACUCUUGACUGAGCAGGCUGAUGCGGCUGAUAUUCUGUCGGUCACACCAUUUCUCCUGGGUGGUGAGCUCCUCUUUCCCAUGGGAAUGUUUAUCCCUCCUCUCUUCCAUCCUACCUAUCCUAGGGCAAUGAAUUAUGGUGUAAUGGGUUUCCUUAUCGCCAAAGAUAUCCUCCACCUGAUUCUGCCUGACAUUUACUCUCAGAGUGAGACAGUGCAUGCUGUGGGGGAAUGUGUGUGGGCCCACUACCUCACUGUGGCAGAAAAAGACGGCCGAGGUGGAGUGUUUUCUCUCUCGGCGGCGCAGCAACAGGAGGUGUGGGUGCAAUAUUCUGCACUGCAGAUAGCGCUGCAGGCUUAUCACCAGAGUCUAAAGAACCAUCCGAGAGACACCUCCAUCUCAGGACUAUCACACACUCCUCUGUUCCUCACAUCUUUUUCUCAGGUUAACUGUGACUCAGACCCAUACAGUGAAUUCAUGCCCUUGGAGCCCUCCUUCUUGAUUACAGUGAUUUGUGCCAAAUCUGACCUGUGUCCUUCAAGCCUGCAGUGCCCCAGUAGAACCCAGCAGCGUUCACUACAAACAUGCUGAGUAUCGCUCCUCUGAAGGUUUUGUUUUUGUAGUUAUUAUUUAUGGAUUGUCUGGCAAAACACUUGGUGCUGUAGAAAUUAAGCACACUGUGGAUGUUUAAAAACUGUUGUUACAAAGAUAGUUUAUUAUUAUUACAGAUAUUUAUGGUGAGAGUACUUACAGUAUGUACAGGUAAAAAAAAAAAUACACUGACAUUUCUUGUAUCAGUUGUUGUUAAGAUAUGUUUGGAUUUCCAUAGAUUGCACAAGCUGUUACAUAUUCAUGUAAAUUAAAUAAACAACUGUUUUCACUUCA